AAGAGGCUCUGCUCCCUCCUCCUUUUUUCGGCCUCAGAAAAUCCAUAUCAGAAUCCUCAUCUUUAUCCUCAAAGUUAGCGCCUUUCCUAUUUUUAUCUUUCCCUCAAAAUUCGAGCUUUCAGAUUCCACCUAGAUUACAAGGAUCCAGAUUACAAUUAGAUUCAGUGAUCAACGUGUUGAUUUGAUUGUAAUAUUUCAGAUUUCUGGAUUCUUGAAAAGCCCAUGUAUUUGAAUCUGAGUUCUCGGUUGGGAUUCCUGUCCCUAAACCUAUCUCAGAAGAUCUACAAGUUCAGAUUCAAGCUCAAGGUUUAGACAGGAAACAGAUUCUGGGGUUCUGUGUGUUUUUUGUAUAAUUUCGGAUUUGGGUUCUGGGACUUGGGUGAUGGGUGCUAAUUUAUCGGGGGGUGUUUCGGACACGGAGGGCUAUGCGCAGCCGAGGCUUGGGGAUAUACCAGAGAGCUGUGUGGCAUUGGUUUUGAUGUACAUGGACCCUCCUGAGAUUUGCAAAUUGGCCCGGUUGAACCGGGCUUUUCGCGGUGCUUCGUGGGCCGAUUUCAUCUGGGAAUCGAAGUUGCCCACGAAUUACCGGUUUAUUGUGGACAAGGUGUUCGAUGAAAAGUCUAUGGUGAAGAAUUCAGGGAUGAGGGAUAUCUAUACCACGCUUUGCAAGUCUAUUUCGUUUGAUGAUGGAACAAAGCAAAUUUGGCUAGAUAAGACCAAGGGUGGUAUUCAUCUGUCGAUUUCUUCAAAGGCGUUAUCGAUUACAGGGAUAGAUGAUCGAAGAUAUUGGAAUUUCAUAGCGAUUGAUGAAUCAAGGAAACCAGCAAGAGCUGCAAUUGUGUAUCUUUGUCCCAGUUUGCGAGCCUUGCCCCUUUUUGAUAUGUUUCAGACAGUGGCUUAUCUCCAACAAACCUGGUGGUUUGAAGUUAAUGGAGAGUUUGACUUUCAAUUUCCAUUAGGCAAAUAUAGCCUCUUCUUUAGGCUCCACCUUGGCAGAUCCUCCAAGAGACUUGGUCGCCGAGUAUGCAAUUCGGAGCAUGUUCAUGGCUGGAACAUAAAACCAGUGAAGUUUGAGCUUACAACUUCUAAUGGUCACCAGGCUGUAUCAGAAUAUUACUUGGACAACCCUGGAAACUGGGUCAAUUACCAUGUGGGAGACUUUAUUGUUGACGAUCCUCAUGCUUUGAUCAAGGUCAAAUAUUCGAUGACCCAGAUCGAUUGUACUCACACCAAAGGCGGUGUCUGUGUAGACUCUGUGUUGAUACGCCCUAGUAGUGUAGGGAAAGAGCAUUAGCUCGUUUUGUUAGGAGGUAGAGUUGGCAAGUACUAGUUGCAGUGAGUGAGAUGGAGAUUACAGGUUGGUUUUAGGGGCAUGCAAUCUCUUUUAGGAGGGAAUAUGUAUAUAUAUUGUACCUUUUGUUAGGAAUGUUGUUGUGUUGUUUGCAGUUAUAUUUUACCAGAUGAAGAAACUGCUUCGAUGUAUUGUGAGUUGUGAGUCUUAUGUCCACUAUCAAUCGAUGUAUUUCAUUUGACAAAGCACUUUUCUUCUUGUUUCUUGGUUAUGUAGUUUGGUUUUGUGUACUCUCUACUCGUAAGCCAAUGAAUGAAGAAGCCCUUUGUUUUUUCACGGUAA